AUGGCACUAUACCUCGUUAUACAGAGUAUAAUAGAGCUUCAUGCAUCGAAGAGGUUCACAACCAAAAUUGCAAAUUUUUGUGCAAAUUUGAUACUCGAGGGGGACGGCAAUGCGCGUGACAAUCUCCACGAUAUAGCUGAGGAGCUAAAAGCUGACUACAAAAUUGGCGGUGUUUACGAUUCUUAUGCACAGAAGGCGGGUAAUGGCAUCAUUUUCUAUCUUUUUGUUUUACCAUCCAAACUAUAUGAAAAGUGCCUGAACAAAACAAGUGAUGUGGAUAUCGUCCUUAACCACUACAGUUCACUUGGCUUCCAACCAGAAGCUUCUACAACAUCUGCGGCAAACAGCAUAGUGAGGUUCAUCACAAACCAGUUCUAUUCGCAGGUAUCCAUCUUUAAAUCGAAUGAAAGUGACCAAAACAUCAAACCAACACGGAAAAAUUGCCAAAAAACGCGGAUUCACAAAAAGCGUUCCCCAAAAACAUCGAAACGGACUGGAAAGACUCCUCAGUUUCAUUCACCAAGACCUGCAUUUUGCCAGCCAUCUGGCCAAAGCGCCGAGACGCCCGUUGAUAGUAGUCUCCACGCUACAAACCCCAAUGGCGCAGAAUUUCCGAGUCCAAUGAACUCGCCGAACCUUGGGUUGUCGCACUUUAGCACGGCAAAUGUGGGAGCCUCUGCCCACUCCUUUCAUGAAUACGAAGCUCCUAUUGCAGCAGUUGAACCCAUGCAACAAGCGAGAUCUAGGGUAUCAAGCUUGUCGAAUGCGCCUCUUUUAGACACCAGCCAAACUCAACCACUCUCUUCAAGCAUGAUGUUCGAUGAUGCCGCCCACUUGAUGAAUGUAUUCCAAUUGGAGCCGAUGACAUAUGGUGCCAAUGCUGCUCAGCUAAUGCACGAAUUCAAUCUAGAAACCUUCAGCCCGGAAGACUACACCAAUGCUGCCCAGCUGAUGCAGCAAUUUGACAUGUUUAGCGGAUACUAUAGUCAGCAGCAUUUGUGA